GGGGGGGGGCACUGUUUGUCUAUGUAUUUAUGAUGGCUUCCACUGAGUAAUGUAUUUACCACUACUAGUGUCUAAAGGACAGCAGCAAGCUGCAGAUUUACUGCAUCCAUAAAGCUCAGUGUUUAAGUGCCUCAAGGUUUGACAGUAACAGAUGCAAUAAGACACAGCUGAGAUACUCUAUUAAAAAAUUAAGAGUGGAAAGCCACUGCAACACACAUUUAUAUAUACCACAAUCUUGAGAAAUUGUGCAGCAUUGGAAACAAAAUAUUUCUGGCAUUCUGGUGUCAUAUAUAUACACAAACUAUUAAAAAUGUGUUUAAAGAUUGUCUCAUGUGCCAUUGUGUUUGUUAAUUAUACAGUAAACUGCUCACAUACAAAUAAAUAUUAUGCUCGCAUAAAUAUUCUGGCUGAGACCUGUCCUGUCUCAGAUGUGCACGUAAAACAAGAGGAUCAUGAAUGAAGCUCUGUGAUUCUUGCAUUAAUACAAAAAAGAAACAGGAUUUAUUCAAACCAGUUUUAAGAUGUCAAAAGGCAGUGAAUAAAGACUUUGUGCACUGUCUGUUUCACCUGGUCAUUUUUGCAUUCAGUAUGUUGGCUUCAGUCUAAUUGGCAUGGCAUUAUUUAGAUGCAUUCCCAUCGCUUUAAAUAAAUAAAUUUUAUUUGAAAUUAACAGAAAAUCUGACAAGGUUUUUGCUUGUUAUGCUUACUUUCAAUACAGACUUUGACAUGUCGAGGUUCUCUUAUAGUAAGCUCAUAUCUCCGAUGGUCCCGAAAGAAGCCCUAUUCCUAACAUUGUGAUAAAUGGGCUUCAAUGUAUUCCAACGGGGCGCCCCUCCUGGCCAAUCAGGGUGUCUGCAGCAGCUUCGACACCACCCCCCAGCGGCCGCACAGGCGCACUGAGCUCCCAACUGCCAUUUUGUGGCAGAGGCUACUCUGCUAAAGCGGGAGAAGGAUUAAAACAAACUGCGAAGAAGCCUGCAUUUCUCACCAGCCUGUUAAACUUUGUAGCGCAGACUCUCUGCUUUCUGACGAGUUAAACAGGAAGAGAAACACACAAAAAGAGGUUGGCAGGGACAGUCAGGUAGCCGACAUUUGAUUCAGCAAAGCUCAGGGCUUUCAGGAGGAAAGCAAAAGGGAGAUCACCUGUAUCACAGCCCUGCAUGCUGCAGCCCAGUGGACAGAAAUCAUGAAAACAGUCAAUUUAUCAUUGUUAUUCCAGUUCCUACCGAGAAUGGACGGAGGGCCAACAGAGGGUGUAGGUGUGGUGGAGGUCCCCGGCAAAGACUUCCCCUCCAUCCAGGCCGUUCACAGCCAGGAUGCCAUGGUGGCAGACCUCCUCCAGCAAGCUGCAGAGGCCGGGGGCGUGGUAGAGGGACAAGCAGGAGUCAUCCUGGAACAAGGUCACGGGGACGGAAUGGUAACAGCCACUCAGGCCCAGCAGCAGCUGAUGGAAGCUGGGGUUGGGGUUGGUGUGGAUGGUGGAGCAGGGGUUGAAAUGAUGGUUAUGGACUCACUGGAUCCCACCCUGUUGCAGAUGAAGACUGAGGUGAUCGAUGCUGCAGUGGGCGGAGCAACGACUGUGGGCGUUGUUGGAGGGGUAGCGGGUGGUGCUCACCAAGCAACUGUAACAACAGUGGACCAGACGCAAAUCAUAACACUACAGGUGGUAAACAUGGAGGAGCAGGCAGCUCUGGGUCUGGGAGAGCUGCAGCUGGUCCAGGUACCUGUUUCUGCCACCACUGUGGAGGCCCUGCAGCAAGGCACCUUUGUAGACACCACUGCUAUGCCAAAGGACGGAGACCCGGUCAUUUGCCACACCCUCCCGCUGCCGGAAGGCUUUCAGGUAGUUAAGGUUGGCGCUAAUGGGGAGGUGGAGACAGUGGAGCAGGAGGAGGGAGGAGAAGCCCCCCCUGAAGAGGAGGAAGAUGAGGAGGUGGGGACCCAGCUGAUGGAAGAAGGGGAGGAUGAACCCAUUCAUCCUACGAAUGAAGACUCAAACUGGGCUAAAGACCCGGACUAUCAACCCCCAAGUGGAACUAUCAAGAAGACCAAGAAGGGUAAAAAGAGUCGCCUGCGUUAUGCUGAAGGAGAUAAGGACAUGGAUGUCAGUGUCUAUGACUUUGAAGAGGAACAGCAGGAGGGGCUUCUGUCUGAGGUCAAUGCUGAGAAAGUGGUGGGCAACAUGAAACCACCCAAACCCACCAAGAUCAAAAAGAAAGGAGUGAAGAAGACGUUUCAGUGUGAGCUGUGUAGCUAUACGUGCCCUCGACGGUCCAACCUGGACAGACACAUGAAGAGCCACACAGACGAAAGACCUCACAAAUGUCACCUGUGUGGAAGAGCCUUCAGGACAGUCACGCUGCUAAGAAACCAUCUCAAUACACACACUGGAACUCGUCCCCACAAGUGCACAGACUGCGAUAUGGCUUUUGUGACUAGUGGAGAGUUGGUUCGUCAUCGUCGCUAUAAGCACACACAUGAGAAACCCUUCAAAUGCUCCAUGUGUGACUACGCCAGUGUGGAGGUGAGCAAAUUAAAGCGUCACAUUCGUUCCCACACCGGUGAGCGUCCAUUCCAGUGCAGUCUUUGCAGCUACGCCAGCAGAGACACAUACAAGCUGAAGAGACACAUGAGGACACACUCAGGAGAGAAGCCUUAUGAGUGCUACAUCUGCCAUGCCCGAUUCACCCAGAGUGGAACCAUGAAGAUGCACAUUCUGCAGAAACACACAGAGAAUGUGGCCAAAUUUCACUGUCCACACUGUGACACUGUCAUCGCACGCAAAAGUGACUUAGGUGUUCAUCUUCGUAAGCAGCACUCAUUUAUUGAGACUGGAAAGAAGUGUCGUUACUGCGACGCUGUUUUCCACGAGCGCUAUGCUCUGAUCCAGCAUCAGAAAUCUCAUAAGAACGAGAAGAGAUUUAAAUGUGACAUGUGUGACUACUGCUGUCGCCAGGAGCGCCACAUGGUCAUGCAUCGUCGAACCCACACGGGUGAGAAACCAUAUGCCUGCAGCCAGUGUGAGAAGACCUUCAGACAGAAGCAGCUGCUUGACAUGCACUUCAAACGCUACCACGACCCCAACUUUGUCCCCACCGCCUUCGUCUGCCCCAAGUGUAGCAAGACCUUCACUCGCAGGAACACCAUGGCUCGCCAUGCUGAGAACUGCAAUGGUGAAGUGGAGGAUGCUGAGAACGGAGCUCCAACCCCAAAGAAAGGAAAGAGAGGAAGAAAGAGGAAGAUGAGGAGCAGGAGAGAUGAGGAUGACAGCGAAGAGGACCACGCUGAACUGGAUGAGGAGGAGGAGGAUGACGGUGAGGGUGAAGGAGAGGAAGAAGCAUCGCUCCUACAGGAAGAGGAGGAGGCAGAAAACAUGGAACUGGACCAGGCGCCUGCUGCCAUCCCUGUACCGGCUCCCGACGAGCCACCGGUCAAGAGAAAACGAGGCCGGCCCCCAAAGAACGCCCCCAAGCCUCCAACACCCAGCAGAUCAGUCAGGGUGGCUGCCAAGGCGGCUGCUUCUGCUGCUGCUAUCAUCCAGGUGGAGGAUGAGAGCACCGGAGCAGUAGAGAACAUCAUAGUGAAGCAGGAGGAUAGCGACGUCUCUGCAGCGACGCCUCUGGAUCAGGGCAUGGCCCUGACCGUGGAGGGGGUAGGGCUGGACGGGGACGGGGUGGAGACUGUUGAGUUGGCUGUAAACGAGGAAACAGCGGCUGCCGCAGCCAACGGUGACCUGACGCCAGAGAUGAUCCUCAGCAUGAUGGACCGGUGAACUCGACACAGCCACACAUGUAGCCGGACUAUGAGUCAAAUUGGCAAACACACAUUAACAUUUCCACAUCCUUGGCCUUCACCUCAUGUACCAUCUGUGUGAGCUUGUAAUGGCAGCCAUUUUGCCUCCAUUGAAGUGGCAGCA